CCAGAGAGCUCUGAGCCUGGACUUCCUGGAGCUCCUGGAGCGUUUCAUCCCCACAGAGUACGAAAUGAAGCUCAUCCACAACUACGAGUGUGAGGGCAGGCCCCUGGACGAGCUCAGCGAGGAGGACCGCUUCAUGGUGCGCUUCAGCAAGAUCCCGCGGCUCUCCCAGCGCAUCAGCACUCUCACCUUCAUGGGAAACUUCCCCGAGAGCGUGCAGCUGAUUCAGCCGCAACUGAACGCCAUCAUCGCGGCCUCAAUGUCAAUCAAAUCUUCCAGCAAGCUGAAAAAAAUCCUUGAGAUCAUCUUAGCGUUUGGAAACUACAUGAACAGCAGCAAGCGCGAGGCAGCGUACGGCUUCCGUCUGCAGAGUUUAGAUUUGCUGUUGGACACCAAAUCCACAGACCGAAAGCAGACGUUGUUGCACUAUAUCGUCAGCAUCAUCCAGGAGAAGUACCCGCAGCUCCAGUCCUUCUACACAGAGCUGCACUUCCUGGACAAGGCGGCACUCG